GACAAAGCCUACAUGCGCCGCGCGCUCGAGCUCGCGGCGACGGCGACCGGGCAGACGCAUCCGAACCCGCUCGUGGGCUGCGUCGUCGUGAAUGACGACGGCGACGUCGUCGGCGAGGGCUACCACCCGAAGGCGGGCGAGCCGCACGCGGAGGUGUUCGCGUUGCGCGCGGCUGGCGACGCCGCGCGCGGCGCCACCGCGUACGUCUCCCUCGAGCCGUGCGACCACUUCGGUCGGACGCCGCCGUGCUCGAGAGCGCUCGUGGACGCGGGCGUGCGCCGCGUCGUCGUCGGGUUCGUGGACCCGGACCCGCGCGUGAGCGGCGGGGGGAUACGGACGCUGUUGGACGCGGGGAUAGAGGUGACGGUGGGGUGCGAGGAGGCGGCGUGCCGGGAGAUCAACGCCGACUUCAUCGCGAGGAACACGAAGAAGCGGCGAUAG